CGGAACGGACGUUCGUUUGCUGCGCACCAAAUCUUUUCGGCCCCCAAUGCAAAUGCAAAACGCUUUCGCGGCGUGUGUAGUGCAUUCAAAAUUACCAGUGACUCAAAGGGAUCCGUAGUUUCCUGAGCAGUUCCUCCCAGGAUUCGGAUUGACCAGGUUCCAACGGACAGGGAAGAAAUUCUCGUCUGGGCUGGGUGCAAGGAAAUCAAUCGUUGACGCCGUUCAAAUAAAGGCUGACCGACACUAGAGGGCUUUUAUGUGAUUACUACUAUGAAAUUGGAUGAAAUUGUUGCAUGGUACCAGAAGAAAAUCGGCACCUAUGACAAGCAAGAAUGGGAGAAGACAGUCGAACAGAGGAUUUUGGAUGGCUUCAAUAAUGUCAACUUGAAGAACACAAAGCUGAAGACGGAGCUGAUCGAUGUGGACUUGGUUCGCGGCUCCACCUUUCCUAAAGCCAAGCCCAAGCAGUCACUGCUCACCGUAAUACGUCUGGCUAUUCUGCGCUAUGUCCUGCUGCCGCUCUAUGCCCAGUGGUGGGUCAAGCAGACCACGGCAAAUGCCUUCGGGUUCAUCCUGGUCCUCUACCUCACUCAGCUGUCCAAUUGGGCAAUCUACGUUUUGCACACCAGCCGCGUAGUGCCGUUGGUCUAUGAUAAGCCGCCAAAUGGGACUCUUGUCCAUCCAGAGACUGCGGGAGAUGUCAAUGUCCCCGAUGCGGAUGCGGAUAAACAGACCGAGGAGGAGCAUGUCGACCUGCUCAGCGCCCUGCUCAUCCCGUGCGCCCUAAGCCUGCUGAUCAGCCUUAUCCACUCGCAGAUCGUGGCCACCAACACUGCCACGGGUGCCUCAGGCGGAAGCAGCAAGAAUAAGUUGCGGCGCAUCUCCGCGAGCUGCUUGGGUGACAAGGCCACGACCCGGGAGCACCGAGUUCGGCGCCGCAAGAAGUUUGUGCGCAUUCGCCAGAUGGAAGCCGAUUUGUCACAGGCCAGCAGCAACAUUUCAAUACCAACCAGACGCAGUGCAGCAAGUGGCAUCGAAGUGCUACCCAGACCCGUCACGCCUACAAGCACCUGCGCCGUGGUGCCCGAUCCCAUCCUGCCGACCACGCCGCCCCCCGUCGUUAUCAGGCGAAGCAGCAAUGAGGAGAUAUUUCUUACCACCACUGCCAUCAGCGCACUACCUACAACCCCGGCAACCACUGACGCACGCUACGAUCUCAGUAGGCAGACGGGGGGAGCGGCCCUCGAAAGCCCCAAAAAGCGCAACGUCAACUGGCACACGCCCAUUCAGAUUUACGCCACUUACGAGCGAACCGAGCAGCCAUCCUCUAGUCGGGCUAGCGGCGAAAAUGAAUUGGAAGUGGAUGGAGAAGGGAGUGUGGGAUCCCCCAGGACCGGCUAUCAGUCGCGCCGCAACAUCGGCGAGGACGAUGGCUUUGAGAGUCUGAACGGAAAGAGCUCAAGCGGCGAGGACAACAACCACUCUCCUUUGCCAAAUGCGGGGGCGGUUGCCGUGCCUCCAGUUCCUGCCCAGACCAAUCAGUUGCGCCUGCGUCUGAACACGGCAAACAGCAACUCCAACACUGCUCCUCCGCCGGAAAAGAAAGCGCAAUCGCGCGGCAAUGAGUCUACAACUAGUUGCGCCGAGUCGGACGAGUGUGAUGAUGCGGACAUCAUAUCCAGUCCUGCUUCGGCCUGCAACCAGGAGUGCACCACCUCUGCCACCGACUGGCUGGGGGUGACAACGAACAGCGAGGACUGCAGCUACACCUCUGAUCUGGACCACUCCGGCGGCGGUUUGAAGCACACGGCCUGCAGCGAUGAGGACCCUGCCGAGCUGGAUAUCACACCAACUACCAUACUAAACCCACACAGCAGCCUGGACCGAAUUAGCUGUACCAUUUGGGAUCAGCGCGACGCCAAAAAAGCGCAGCUUUCCGUGCUGGAAAUAGCAUCUUGCAUAAUUGAACGGGUGGACUCGAUGGGCGAGGCCAACGACUACAUCUACAUAGGCGUGGUCUUCUCUUUCCUGCUCACUUUAAUCCCCAUCUUCUGUCGACUAUGCGAGGUUACACUCGGGAGCGACGCGGAGAAGGCCAGUGAGAUUAGCUACCUUUACAUGCCGCAGCUCUUGUGGGAGAAGUCGUCGGCAUCGUUUUUUACUCUGCUGGGCUUUGCCUUCGGCGAUACUCAGUGGGAACGCACCGUCCUGGCUCUGGGCUUUGUGCAGCGCCUUUGCCUGACCCUCAUCCUGUUUAUCAUAUUCGCCGUUGCAGAACGCACCUUCAAGCAGCGCUUUCUUUACGCCAAACUCUUCUCCCAUCUCACGUCGUCACGUCGGGCUCGCAAGUCAAACCUUCCUCACUUUCGCCUGAACAAGGUGCGCAACAUCAAGACCUGGCUAAGCGUACGAUCUUAUCUGAAGAAACGCGGACCCCAGCGAUCGGUGGACAUCAUCGUUUCCGCCGCCUUCAUAGUGACCCUGCUGCUCUUGGCUUUCCUAAGCGUUGAGUGGCUGAAGGACUCUGUGCACCUUCACACGCAUCUUACGCUGGAGGCCCUAAUGUGGUCGAUCACAAUCGGGAUUUUCUUGCUGCGCUUCAUGACCCUGGGCCAAAAGAUCCAGCACAAGUACCGCAGCGUGUCGGUGCUGAUUACUGAACAAAUCAACCUGUAUCUGCAGAUCGAGCAGAAGCCCAAGAAGAAAGAUGAGCUGAUGGUGUCAAACAGCGUGCUAAAGCUGGCCGCCGAUCUGCUAAAGGAACUCGAAACGCCAUUCAAGAUCUCUGGCCUCAGUGCCAACCCAUAUCUAUUCACAACCAUCAAGGUUGUCAUCCUGUCGGCCCUCUCGGGCGUGCUUAGCGAGGUUUUGGGCUUCAAGCUGAAGCUCCACAAAAUUAAGAUUAAGUGAAUCAUGCAAGGCCCAGAUCCAUCAUAUUUUUGUAGUACAACUUUUUCGAAACGCUUUAAGAGAAAUCUACAACUACAUCUAACUCUAAAUUAGUUUAGUUAAUAAAUUUAAGCGAGCCAAUGUUUAUGCUUGUCAAGUGAUUGUUUAUCUCUGUUAACAAGCCCACUACUGACUACGUAAAUCAAUAUAAAUUAGUAUUUACCACCUACCUUCUAGAGCGACCUGCACAAUCACAAAUCAUGUUAAUUCAAAUUGUGUAAUGAUCGUAUUUAAAGUUCAUAGAACUUUUAGCAUAAAAGCAAUGCACCUUUCGUAGUUGGCUGAUUAUUCUGUUACACAGUCUCAAUUUCAAUUCCUAAAGCGGUCUCAGUAGAGUGUUGCAAUUAAUAAAUGUUAGCAAACCAUAUCAA